CACUCGAAGACUUCAAAACUUGCUGCAUUAAUUAUUGAACAAGAAUUUCCAAAACUCUCUGGAUCUCUUUGGUUCUAAAAGUGUGUUACUGUGUAUUGCCUUUGAAUUUUCCUUCUUCUUCAUUGCGACACCUGUAUUUGGUAAUUCCUGAAGAAAUCUGCUGCUGAUACUUAAACUGCAGUGCUUCUUCUACCUGCUAAUUCAAGAAACUAUGGGAGAGGCUUUUCUUGUGGCUUUCCUUCAAGUGCUGGUCGACAAGUUGGCGCGUCGUGAGGUGUUCAAGUACUUUGGACUCAUAAAGGGCGUCGACCAAAAGCUGCAGAAAUGGACUGCCACCUUGUCUGCACUUGGAGCGGUUCUGGCUGAGGCGGAGGAGAGGCAACUAAUCACCGAGAGCAAGCCGCUGAAGCUUUGGCUGGAUGAUCUCAGGGACUUAGCUUAUGAUUUGGAAGACGUAUUGGACAAAUAUGCUACUAAAAUGCUCAAACGGGAGAUAGAGCAGGGACAUUAUGCCGGCACCGCAAGGAGGGUCUGGAACUCAUUUCCUAAUGGUGUUUUCAACUACAAAAUGAACUCAGAAAUACAGAAGAUUACCGAGCGUUUACAAGAGAUAUCUCAGCGAAAGGACCAGCUUAGUUUGAAUAUCAUUACUGGGACGACGUCGUCUACUAAGGCACGUCAAAAUUUACCUCCCAGUUCCAGUCAACCAGAUGGACCAGUGAUUGGAAGGGAGGAAGACAAAAGGCGGGUCGUGGAAUUUCUGUCGAAACAAGAGCGCCAUGCCGUCAAUUUCGAUGUAGUUGCCAUUGUUGGUAUGGCUGGAGUCGGAAAGACAACACUUGCUGCACAAGUGUUCAAUGAAAUUGAUGCAACCCAGCAAUUUAAACCGACUGCUUGGGUAUGCGUGUCUGAUGACUUCAACCUAGAAAGAGUGACAAAGCAAAUUCUCGAAGCAGUCACAUCCAAACACUAUCCUACAGAAGAUUUCAAUCAGGUUCAACAGUAUCUGCAUACGGAAUUAGCUGGGAAGAAGUUUUUAAUUGUUUUGGAUGAUGUUUGGGGCACAUGUAGCUAUGGUCUAUGGAUGAAACUGCAGUCCCCCUUUUGCGAUGGAGCAGCAGGAAGCAAGAUAAUUGUGACAACGCGUGAUGCAGAAGUUUCAAAAAUGAUGGGAGCUGGCACUCUAGUUCAUAAUUUGAAACCUAUGUCAAAUGACGUUUGUUUUGAAGUAUUUGAGCAACAUGCAUUCAGGAAUGCUAACAGAGAUAUACCACCAAAUUUCGAGUCACUCAAGGAGAAAAUUAUUGCAAGAUGCAGGGGAUUGCCUUUGGCUGCUAGGACUCUUGGCGGCCUUUUACUUCGUAUAGAGAUGAAUGAAUGGGAGGAAAUAUUGAACAACAAAUUAUGGAGUCUAUCAAAUGAGCGUGACAUACUUCCGGUAUUACGAUUAAGCUAUCACUAUCUUCCUUCACAUUUGAAAAGAUGCUUUGCCUAUUGUUCGAUACUUCCAAAUGACUAUGAAUUUAGUGAGCAGCAAUUGAUUCUUCUGUGGAUGGCAGAGGGUUUGAUUCAACCACAACCAGAACAUAAUAAGCAAAUGGAAGAUUUAGCCCGCCAUGCGUCCUACGCUUCUGGUUACUAUGAUGUGGUUAAAAGAUUUGAGGCAUUUUCUGAAGUGAAACAUUUGCGAACCUUCCUACAACUUUCAGUUGAUUAUCCUUCGAAUUAUCUAAGUCGUAAGGUUACUUUUGAUUUAUUGCCAAAAUUGCAAUACUUGCGGGUGCUUUCUCUCAAUGGCUAUCAAGUAACUGAGCUGCCAAAUUCAAUUGGUAAAUUGAAGUAUCUACGAUAUCUUGAUCUUUCUAGAACACAUAUAAUGAGUUUGCCUGAAUCAACGACCACUCUUUACAACUUACAGACAUUGAUAUUGCAAGGUUGUUAUAAAUUGUUGGCACUACCUAUCAACUUGAGGAAUCUAGUGAAUCUGCGUCAUCUCAACAAUUCAGUUGUACAUUCACUGAAAGCAAUGCCUCCGCAACUAGGUCGGUUGACGAGUCUACAAUCUUUGCCUAAUUUUGUGGUGGGUAAAGGUAGUGAUGAAUCAGGGAUAAGAGAGCUAGGAUCCCUAUCCCAUCUCCGAGGGACAUUAUCGCUCUCGAGGUUGGAGAAUGUGAUCGAUGCUGAGGAUGCACGGAAGGCCGACUUAAAAUCCAAGGAGAGAGUGGAUGAAUUGGUGCUACAAUGGUCAUGGUCGAGUGCUACACAAGAAAAUCAAUUAGGCGUGCUUGACAGAUUGGAACCUCAAAGAAAGCUUGAAAAACUCAUCAUCAGGGGUUAUGCUGGAUUAGAAUUUUCAGCAUGGAUUGGAGAUCGUUUAUUCUCUACUAUGGUUGAA